AUGUCAAGGUGUCCAUCCCCCACUAAUUCAGACGCUGAAGCUGGUUCAUCCAGCCGGACCCCUGCUGUCUCCUGCUCCACACCUUCCCCCGCCCGGCCAUCUAGAGGUGUGAAGAGGUCAGCCCAGAAGCGGAGGAGGGCCAGUGAACCAGCGACAACUACCACUGAGGCAGAGGACCGUUGGCACACUGUGCUAGAAGAUGAUGUGGAGCCACUUCCACCAACAUUUAGACCGAAAAGGCAGCCAGGACCUCAGCUGGACAAGACUGUAAAGUACAGCCCCCUUCAUCUUUUCCAGAUGUUUUUCUCCUUGUCAGUUCUUGAUUCGCUGGUUUCUAACACCAACAAGUAUGGGGCUAAGACACAAGCAGAUAAGAAAGAGGCAUGGAAGCCCAUUUCCAUCCAAGACCUGUACUGUUACAUCUCACUGGUUAUUUACAUGGGGUUUGUGAAGUGUAAAAACCUCAAGGACUACUGGAGAACGUCAACACUCUACCAACUGCCUUUCCCCUCCACUGUCAUGUCUUCUAAAAAGUUUCUGACUAUCUCGCAGGCGCUUCAUAUCAGUGACCCACAAGUUGACGACGACAAUGACAAGAAGAGAGGCACAGCAAGCUUUGAUAGGCUCUGCAAAAUCAAACCUCUCUACCCCAGCAUGGUUGAGGCUUGCAAGACCCAUUUUCAGCCCAACCAGAACCUGUCCAUAGAUGAGAGGAUGGUAUCCUCAAAGGCUAGAAUUGGCUACAAACAAUAUAUGAGUAACAAGCCGACAAAAUGGGGGUACAAACUGUUUGUUUUGGACGAUUCUGUGUGUGCCUACACUUGGAUUUUUUUUGUUUACGAGGGGAAAUCCAUCUCAGCCACCGGUAAGGGACUUAGUUAUGAUUCCGUUAUGGAAUUAUUCGAUUUUCAACUGCUGGGGACGGGCUACAAACUGUUUGUGGACAACUUCUACACAAGCCCUACCCUGUUCACAGACCUGAGGAAGCUGAAUGUGUGGGCUUGUGGCACCAUUCGUCCCAACAGAGUGGGUUUUCCCAAAACAAAAGUAAACGACAUGCCAAAGCGGGCUGAUAGGGGUACCAUGCGAUGGAUUCGUAAAGAUGACCUGCUCUUUGUAAAGUGGAUGGAUACCAGAGAGGUGGUCAUGUGCUCCAGUAUCCACAAAUCGAUUUACAACAAGAGCAUGGGAGGUGUGGACCUGUCAGACGCUCUGAUAGGCGACUACAAUGUUCUCCACAAGACAACGAAAUGGUACAGAACAUUGUUCUAUCAUUUCAUCGACAUUGCUGUGGUGAAUGCAUUCGUCCUCCAGAAGGAAAUGGCUAAGAGCUCUGGACAGACCUCCAUGACACAGCUAGCCUUCAGAAAGCUGCUCAUCCAGGAGCUUGCUGGCUACGGCACAAAGUCCACUGCAGCACUUUCUGACCCCUCUACCUCUGUCCCUUCUGCUCCUGCCACCAGUGGUGUUCACAUGCCCGAAUUCAUAACUGCAGGCAUGAAUGUGCCUCGGGGCAAAAAGGCCACAGCAUGGAGGCGUCGUUGUGUUCUUUGUCGCAUGAAGUCCCCCAUCACCUGCACGACUUGUUCGGUUUGCCUCUGCUUUACAGCAGAAAGAGACUGCUUUGGGACUUGGCAUCAGCAGCACGAUAUUGUGUAG